UCGCGCUGGUUGGCCGGAGAGUUUGAGUUUCCCGCAAGCUUUUGAUUCGAUUUGAAUGAAAGCCUCCGUUUUACAGGAUGAAUACGGACAUUUUCUCCCUUUAACCACCGACAGGAGAUUCAACAGCUCAGUGAGCCUGGAGGGGGUUAGAUGGGAUGGACACUAAAGGUAGCUCUCUGCCUUCAAUGCCCGAACCAGCCAACCCGAUCAGCAUGAAGCAGCCGCCAGAGUCCCUCAGUGUACGGAAAGGCCGGGGGGACAUGAGCAGUGACCCUGCUCUGCUAAUGGACAAAGCUGCUGCCCAGCUGGCUGCCACACUACAAGACGGUGUCCUUCAGAAGAUGGCUGGCCACAGUCAUAACAACCACAGCCACGAGAGGCUCAAAGACCUCACCUCCCGUGUGCUGAAUGGGGACCAAGACACGCUGCCCAAGCUUUGUGCUCCAGAGCCACCUAUGCUUAAGGGUGCCGAAGCCCCUGCUACGAAUGGCACCCAUCAGCACAAUUGCACUCCUCAUACGGAGCAUGAGCUGAAGGUGACAAUACCCCAGGUGGUUAAGCAGCCGCUGUUUGAACCAUGCUGUGCCAAUGGGACCAGUUUGGCCUUGUCCACUGAAGGUACUAUAUCUGGACCUGAGAAGAGACAGGACGUGAAGAAAAGGAGGGGGAGACCUCACAAACCAAAACCUCAACUAAAACUCGGUUCCUCUGUCAUCCCUAUGGAGCAACUUGACCACACAGAUGCUGUAGAUGGAACCGGAGCAGCUGAUGAGCAUGAUCUCAUCCCAGAGUUGACAGAGGAGGAGGCUACAGAAGAGUCUCCUUUGCUGAUCCGUUUCUCUGUUGGUGAUUUGGUUUGGACAAAGGUUUCGGGAUACCCCUGGUGGCCUUGCAUGGUGACCACAGACCCGGAAUUCAGCAGUCACUUCAAACAGAAACAGAAAGCAGCCAAUAGCAGGUCAGGCCUCCUUUACCAUGUGCAGUAUUUUGGAGAUGCCCCAGAGAGAGGCUACAUCUUUGAGAAGAACAUGGUGUCUUUCACUGGGGAGGAUCAAUACCAGGAGCUUAGCCAGGGCAACAAACAAGCAGCCUCCCGCAUUAUUCACAAAAAGCCGGCUCCCUCUGUACCCCGUAAACUCCAGGCACAGUGGAACAUGGGCGUCAUUCAGGCCAAGGAGGCCCUCAGCAUGUCGCUGGAUGAGCGCAUGGUGAACUUUGCAUUUUUAUAUGAUGAUGACGGGCCUCAUCUGAACCCCCACAUCCUGGAGAAGUUGAAACCAAAGCAGAGUGAUGAGAUGAACCAGGAAACGGAGUCACGGCUCAGCCCAGAUCUCCCUUCCCUGCUGGAUCCCAACACUGCUCAACCAGUUAUACAAGCUGAAUCAAGCAUACCGCAGAAGAAAAAGAGAAGACCCAAACAGGCUCAGUCUCCGAACAAGACAGUGAGGAGAAGGAAAAAAUCCGCAAUGGCCGACUCUUCUGACCCCGUGAAGAAAAGGAAAUCAAAGCUGGUUUCUUUGACAGAUGAUGAUUCGGAGCCUGUCUCUCUUCCAGUUUCAGUUCCAGUUGACAAAGUGAAGAAAAGGCAAAAGAGAGAGACUCCUGCAGAGCGGAGGACUGAUUCCUCAGUGAAGAGAGAGCGAAAGAAGACCUCUAAAAGGCAGCUAACAGACGCUGCAGUUGACAAGGAUCAGCAGCCUAAAAAGAGAUGCAAAAUGAGCAAAGAUGCUGAAAAACAGGCCUCGAUGUCAGAAGGAACGGACAAAAAGUGGAGAAGAAGGAAGAAAACUGACAAAGAAACCAAGAGACGACAGAAAAAGUCAAAAGAUCUUCUCACUGAUGACCAAGAUGCAGAGAAACCAAAGCGUAGGAGGAAAAGCAAACAGGAUGGAGAGAACCCGGCCACGCCUGCUAAGGCAAAGAAGAGGAGGUCCUCCCCAUGUCCUGAUCCUGAGGGCUCUGGGAGUGAAGGACGUCCUGAUUCUCCGAGCGACAGCUUAGACGGGACAAAGAAGGGCGAACGGAAGAAAGAGUUUGUCUGCCAGAUGUGUGAGCAGGCGGGUGAGGACUUAGUGCCCUGUGAAGGCCAAUGUUGUGGGAUGUUUCACCUCCACUGUCUGGGUCUUUCCUUCAAACCCGAUGACAAGCUGCUGUGUCGGGAGUGCAGCACAGGAAUUCACUCGUGUUUCACCUGUAAGCAGUCAGAGGGCGAAGUGCGUCGCUGCCACGUCCCACAGUGCGGCAAGUUUUAUCAUGAGGCGUGCGUCCGCCUCAACCCGCUCACCUUGUUCGACAACAAGGGCUUCCGCUGCCCACUGCACACAUGCCUGAGCUGCCACUACAGCUGCCGCACCAAGCAAAAGUCCACCAAGGGUAGGCUGAUGCGUUGCCUACGCUGCCCGGUAGCGUACCAUGUCGGUGACCCAUGUGUGGCUGCAGGCAGUGAGAUGAUCACCAACACCGCCAUUAUCUGCACCAACCACUUCCACGCCAAGAAGGGCUACAGCCACCACAGUCAUGUCAACGUCAGCUGGUGUUUCGUCUGCUCCAAAGGAGGGCAGCUGCUGUGCUGCGAGUCCUGUCCAGCAGCUUUUCACCCCGACUGCCUGAACAUCGCUAUGCCUGAUGGGAGCUGGUUCUGCAACGACUGCAGAGCCGGAAAGAAACCGAAAUACAGAGACAUCAUCUGGGUCAAACUAGGGACGUACAGAUGGUGGCCUGCAGAGAUACACCACCCGCGAAACAUACCCACCAACAUACAGCACCUUCGCCACGAGAUCGGAGAGUUUCCCGUCUUCUUCUUCGGCUCCAAGGAUUACUUCUGGACUCACCAGGGCCGAGUGUUUCCCUACAUGGAGGGAGACAGGGGCAGCAAGCACCAGAGGACUGGCAUCGGCAAAGUUUUUAAGAAUGCUCUGUUGGAGGCUGAAGCUCGAUUCAAGGAGAUAAAAAUGAAACGAGAGGCCAAGGAAGCACAAGAGAACAGCCGAAAACCACCCCCAUACAAAUUCAUCAAGGUCAACAAACCCUUCGGCAAGGUUCAGGUCUACACCGCAGACAUUUCUGAGAUCCCCAAGUGUAACUGCAAGCCGACAGACGAGAGGCCGUGUGGGUUUGAGUCUGAGUGUCUGAACCGCAUGCUGCAGUACGAGUGCCACCCUCAGGUGUGUCCCAGCGGGGAGCGCUGCUGUAACCAGGACUUCACCAAACGUCUUUACCCGGAGACUAAGAUCAUCAAGACGCCUGGCAAGGGCUGGGGCCUGGUUUCCCUCCGGGACAUCAAGAAGGGAGAGUUUGUGAAUGAAUAUAUCGGAGAGCUGAUCGAUGAGGAGGAGUGCAGGGCGAGGAUCAAGUACGCCCAGGAAAACAACAUCACCGACUUCUAUAUGCUCACCAUUGACAAGGACCGGAUCAUUGACGCCGGUCCAAAGGGAAACUACUCUCGCUUCAUGAACCACAGCUGUCAGCCCAACUGUGAGACGCAGAAGUGGACGGUGAACGGUGACACACGGGUCGGCCUGUUCGCCGUCUGCGACAUCCCAGCGGGGACCGAGUUGACCUUUAACUACAACCUGGACUGCCUCGGCAAUGAGAAGACCGUCUGUCGCUGCGGCGCCCCGAACUGCAGCGGUUUUCUUGGUGAUCGUCCUAAGAACUCAAAUGGCCAAACAGCCGAGCCAAAGGGGAAGAGACUGAAGAGGAAGUACAAAAAGAGGAAAAGCGAGGGGAAGAAGAAGUCUGAGGACGAGUGUUUCCGCUGUGGAGACGGAGGACAGCUGGUGCUCUGUGACAAGAAGACCUGCACCAAAGCGUAUCACCUGUCCUGCCUGAACCUCACCAAGAGGCCCUUUGGCCGCUGGGACUGCCCCUGGCACCACUGUGACGUCUGCGGGAAAAACUCUGAGGCCUUCUGCCAGCUCUGCCCCAACUCCUUCUGCAAGGCUCACCAGGAGGGGGCCCUGCGCCCCUGGCCUCCCACAGGACAGCUGUGCUGUCUGGAGCACGACGAGCUGGAGGGAGCAGACGACCAGGAUCGGGACGUCGACUUGGAGACAACUGCGUCGACCGCCACUACUGCCGCCAUCGUCGGUCGUCCUCCUAAAGGCCCCAGGAAGGCAGAAGGAGCCGAGGCCAAAACAAAGGGCUCUAAGAGGAAAGCAGCAGAGGCCUGAAGUGACCUUUGACCCCCUCAGAGAGCCAAAAGACCAAACUAGACUCUGAAAACCUGCUUCCUCGAUCAUGAACAAGUACAAACCCCACGUAAUGUCUUCACGAUCACAAAAACCAAGGCACUGUACAUCUUCGUCAUCAGGGAAAGCCGCUGAUCUCUCACAUGCUCGGCAACGACCUCUAGCUCGCCGCUUACAUUCUCGUUUUUAUUUUUAAUUUUUAUGUCUUGUCUGCACUGAGGGCGAACCAUCUGUGGUAAAGCACAAAAGCAGCAGAGCGAGCACAGGUCAGGAAACUUCGGCUAGUGGAUUCUAACUCUCAUUCUUCCACCAACCAGACUGUCUUUUUUUUUUGUUGUUGUUUUGUUUUUAUUGUUGUCUUUGUUUUGAUUAUUCGAUUUUAUUGUUUUUUUUAAUAACAAGAGCAACCAGUUAGUUACUGCAGAAAAGAAACUGAACCAGCCAGAAGUAGUCCUGAGCGGCAGCGUCGCUGUCUAACUUGAAUCUCAGUCACCCCCACCCCCCUCUCGCUCAACACGGAUGAUCUUGAACAGCAGAGUUUUAUAGUUAUAUCUAUAUAUGUGUAUAUCAAAGACCAAAAUUAUGAUUACUGGAAUAGUGUAAGACAUCAAACAGGUUACCAAAUGGAUUGUUUUUAUUUUUAUAUAUAGUAUAUAUAUGCCAGAUGUAAUAUCAAACACCAAGACACUAUGGAUAGGCCUCACAUGACCUCUUUACUUUUCCUUCGUAGCCAUAACUUACAUUUAACUGUAGACAUGCGUUUGCUAUUUUACAACCUGUUAUGUUGUUUUAGCUCAGUUCUUACUCUUUAGAUUUUCAAUUUUUUUUGUUUUGUUUUUUGGGGUUUUUUUUGUUUUUGUUUUUUAGUUUUUUGUUUUUGUGUAUCAGGAUGUUGAACGAUGGCGCUACAAACCGUUUAUCUACCUGCCUGUCCGGAGAACGAGGGAUUGCAGAAAGCAUUCAGCCGAGCUGAGAGCGCUCUUAAGCGGCCGUCUGACAUAAAAACACUACUGGGAGGUUCAGAGGUCUCUGGUCUCUGACGCGCUCUGCUCAGUGAGCGAACCAGAUAAAUGAAGGAAUGACAGCGAUUCUCUUGAACCUUUUUUCUAAGUUGAGUGUUGAGUCCAAACCUUAAGGUGCUGUUUGUUUGUUUUUUUUUUCCCACUGAAGUAUGUGAAAUCUGAGGUACGAAGAUUUUUAUGUGUAAAUACACACAUCAUGCUGUCUGGUAUCUGAAGGCCUUUCAGUGUCACUUGCCGGGCUUUUUAUUGGGGUUAAAGUCAGUGAGUAGCUCAUCUGUAGCGGAGGUUUUCAAAGAGAGACCAACUUUUGUUUUUUUUUUUUUUUUUUUUAAUCCUCAGGAGGUUUUUAGUCUCGGAACUGCACCCUGCUUCCUGUUUAAUACUUUAACACGAGCUGACGGCACGCUGGCUAACACCUCGUAACUCAAAUUUUGCUAAAUUUGUCUCGUUUUCACUUCACAAAGCAUUACAAGGAGGCUUCAGGAAACUCCAGAGUACCGCGGCCAGUUGGGGACGUCGGGCUCAGCUCUGUGCUGUCGGUCCUCCAGCGUUCGUCGGACUCGGUUCGCUCCAGCUGCGCUUAAUUCUCAGCGCUGACGCGUCACGCGUCCGUGUGGAAGAAGGAUCGGCGCGGAGCAAAAGUCGACCUCCGCCCGUGUACCCGAGCGUCGGCGCGGAGUGUCCGCAGGAAGGCCAGAAUCCCCGACCGCACAGAGACACGAGCAGGAGCCCGGCGCAGUGUAAACAGGACAGAGUCUGCCUCCCGUUGGAGCGUGCGCAGCCCGUCAUGCCAAUCCCAUGUUCGAGUUACCGUGACUGGAGAGUCACGACCCGAGAGUCCAUUAGGCUGACGCGCUGAAGUCCUUCGGAAACCUAAAAUGUAGUCGACGUUGGAGCUGAAACAGUUACGCUGCAUUUGUGAGGGGAAAAAACUCGCGCCACCUUUUUGUUAUUGAAACAAGUGUUUGUCGUUUUUCAUGAAAAAUGACCAGAACAGCUGGAACCGACGUUCUGUCGUGUGUCUUCGUCCUUUUGUGAUUUAUAGGGUGAAUUUCUCGGGUUCUGGACCGUUGGUCAGACGAAACCGGCACGUUUGUAACAUUUCUUUGGGCUUCGGGAUAUGACGAUGGGCCUUUUUCACCAUGUUCUGACAUUUUAUGGACCCGGUCAGUGAAUCAAGGAAGUGAUCAUCAGUUGCAGUGCUAACAGACGUAGCGCUGUGCUGUCAGUACAAGGUUUUGUUUUUUUGUUUUUGUUUUUGUUCCAAAUCCUCAUGGGACCAACUGUGCAGUCGUACAACCGUCUUGAGGUUUCCGGCGAAGUGACCGCUCGGCGGUGACUAGCGGCCUAGGUCGGCGCUGCAGCCAGUGUGUGUGGCUGGUUCACAAGGAGUGUAGGAGGAAGUUGUGUUCUUUUUUUUUAUUUUUUAAAAGGCACCACCUCCGUACAUGUAACACCCCCCCCCUCCAUGUCACAGGUAGCAUUUCUAGUUCAUGUGCAGUUUAAAUUUUCUUCCCCUCCUCAGAUGGUUUAGUUUGAAUUUCACAGGUCUGAAGAGGUCGAGACAGGUUCAAGAAAUAAUCAUCCUUCUGUGCAGCGGGCUUUAGUUUUUCACCAUCCUCUGCCCCGGUAGUCGUCCAGUGACCCUUUCGGGUCACCCCAUGGUUCCUCGUGAGGGUGCCCGCUUUUCCCAGCUUCGGUCCGGAAAAUUGCAUCGUGGUCUUACGCGUGUACCUGCUCUAUCCGUGCGAUCGGUGCAUAUAUCUGAAAAAGGAUGAGCCCAAGGUCGGUCGGGGGUUGAACCGGGGCUGUUGUAGUAACACUAAGAUGAGCCUUACAAGCUGAGUCGGAAAUGUCCUGAAGUGGCCACCGUAUUUGAAACCAUCUUAAAUCCCAGUUGGCUCGGGUGAACAUUUUGCGCGUCGGCCGAACGGAAAUAAACACAAAAAGUCGGUCGUUUUAAUCCGUGAUGCAAGUUAAUAAUCCGGAGACGCCAGGUUUUCGCCUCAGCAGCGAUGAGGCCGAACAUUUUGAAGUUAGUAUCAGCAGUCUCUCUCUUUUGGCUCUGCAAUGAGAUUGUCUUUUUUGUUUUCUCCCCCCCUCCCAGGAAGACUGAGGUUACAGACAUUUCUUGUCCUUUUUUUAAAAUUUCAUAUUUUACACUGACGACGCAAAAAAAAAAAAAAGUUUGGGAUUAUUUCAUCUGCUUUUCUUCUUCUUCUUCUUCUGGGUCUCAUCUCCAAAAACCAGAUUUGACUUGUACAGACACAACAGGAGGCUGUUUUGUUUUGUUUUUUUCAUAACUGCACCUUUUUGUUUUUUGUUUUUGUUUUUUUGGAAAGUGUUUUCAUUGUUUUCCCAGGGCUUGUGAAUGGGACAUGUCCGGAGGUGCGACAGCAAGUAUGAGUAUUCUGCGACUUUCUACGUAAUGAUCUUCAUCCUAACCUUGAUUUGUGUUGAGUGAAUGUAGUCCAGCCAGUUAUUUUUGUAAGCACUGUAAUUCCCUGUAGAGCUGAAGUGUAAUGUGUGCGUAGGGGUUUCAUUCUGUAACUACUGUCAUAGUAAACCAGAGACUAAUAUGUACAUAAUGUAUAAGUGGUAAUAGUGAUGCAUCUAUUGUAAAUAUCAUACAAUUUCUCCGACAUUGUAUGUUUUUGUUGGUUUUUUUUGUUGUUUUUUGUUUUUUCUUCUUGAUGCAGUGCUGAAACACUUUUGUGCAGGAUCUCACAUCUGUUGAAUCGUGCGAAUAAAAAGUGGUCGAACAUGCAUCCACUCCGUGCGCUG